AUGGUCCAAUAUAUUCAAGACCACGCCCAAAGCUGGCUAGAAUCCGAGCAGAGGACUGAUCUGAUUCCCUCCCACGAACCGGUCUUCCUCAACGACAAGACAAAAUUCGAUGGUGCCACCUCACACGAUGUGCGAGAUCAUUUCGACAUUUGGGCUCAGGCCCAAACCUCCCAAAUGAAUCACCCAAGCUGGUUCAAGUAUGCCGCCCGGUAUGAAUUUUGUGUCUUCGUGGACGACAUUUGCUUGGAGUCGCUAGUCCACAUGGAGGACGACCCUGUUGUAAAUAUUUUGCGCAGAGGGUCAGGGUAUUUACCGCCCGAGGAGAGAAACUACCAGGUGCACCCGGAGUGGGAGGACGGCGUGACGGAUGACCCGGACGAAUAUGUGGGAUGGAUCUAUGUGCGUGCAGGAGAGUAUGUCUGGUGGUAUGACUGGCUUUGUGAGGACUGGCAAUGGCCUGAUAUGUACAACCGUCCGCCUAUCCUGCUUUUCCAGAAUCAAGACAAAUGGCCAGGGUCCUGGCGGAAGACGCAGAAGCGCAAUUCUUGA